GCCAGAUUAGAGUGUAUCAAGAUACAAGAAUGAUAGGUAAAUACAAUAUGGUUGUCAUAAAUAAAAGCAUGCAUGCCCAUCUAAAGUUAAUCUGUGGCAGGAUUUAACUGGGUCGUUAAUUAGUUGUUCUAUUAGGACAAGGAUCUUCACAGUUCCUAAACCGGACAUGAUUCAGUUGACCCAACCGAAGCAACUUCCAAGUCAUAGUCCAACUUCUAGAUUCCUUUUGGGUUUAAAGGUAAUCCUCACGUCAGAAUCUGUAUAAAUUUCUUUAUUUUUUGUCAGCAAUCUAUGUAAACUGUUCCCCCUUUUCUAUCCCUUAUUCACUUUCUUCUCGAUCGAUCCUACGUGACGUCCAGGGAACUUAUUUAAAUCUAAACUUUCAGAAUCUUUGAAUCUCGCGCACACAAUCUUCGUGCGUUUUUGGCUAUGACUCAGAUUUUGAUCCAUAGAAACAGAACUCUCUGUCUUGUCCCAAUCAUCUACGUUCUCUUAUUCUGUUUCCCCCGCCGGCUUUUCGCCCGAAACCUACCGGAGGAAUAUACAACAAACAUAACUCAAACAAUCAAAGUCAGCAACGCCACGCGGCAUGAUUUCUCACGCCUUAUAGACGUCCAACUAGGCAGCCACGUCAGCGGCGUAUCCGAGCUCAAAAGAUAUCUGCACCGUUUCGGUUACGUCAAAGACGACUGCACUGAUGGCGCUAAGAACUUCUCCGACGUGUUCGAUGGCCGUCUUGAAUCCGCGAUCUCUCUGUACCAACAGAAUCUCGGUUUACCGAUAACCGGGAGACUCGACACUAGCACCGUCGCCCUCAUGUCGUCACCGCGAUGUGGCGUUAGCGACACGCACAUGAUCAACAACGCUAGCAUGCACAUAACGGCGCGUUACACGUACUUCGGCGGUAAGCCGAAGUGGAACCGCGACACGCUAACGUACGCCUUCUCGGAAACGCACAGACUCGACUACCUGACAUCCGGCGACGUCAAAACGGUUUUCCGGCGAGCCUUCGGCCGGUGGGCGAGCGUGAUUCCGGUGAGUUUCAAGGAGGUCGACGAUUACACGACGGCGAAUUUAAAGAUCGGGUUUUUCGCCGGCGAUCACGGCGACGGGCAGCCGUUUGACGGGCUCCUCGGGACUUUAGCGCACGCCUUCGCGCCGAAGAACGGGCGGGUCCACUUCGACGCGGCGGAGACGUGGGUCGUCAACGGCGACUUCGGAUCAACGGUCGCAGUUGACUUGGAGUCCGUGGCGACUCACGAGAUUGGUCACUUGUUGGGGUUAGGACACAGCUCGCACGAGUCAGCGGUCAUGUACCCGACUAUCCCGCCAAGGACCAAGAAGGUUGACCUUACGGUUGAUGACGUGGCGGGUGUACUCAGGCUAUAUGGGGCGAAUCCAAAAUUACGGUUGGAUUCACUGGCGCAGCUGAAAGAUUCUCUUCGAAACGGCGGCGUAUCAGAGGGAUUCUUGUCGGGGUAUGUUACAGGUUAUGCUCUGCUGAUUCUUUUGACUCUUUUACUAUAAGGUUUAUAGGAAAAAUAAAUAGUGAGGAAAGUGAUAUUUUGAUUAUUUUCCAUUGCCAUUAUGGUGGCUUUUCCUAAUGGAUUAUUAUUCUUUGAUUUAUUAAAUAAUUUGGAGUUUAUGUACUUCGUUAUCGCAUAAGUUGAAAGAUUAAGAAGAUGUUAC